UUGUACAGCCACCCGGUUUACGAGCACUACGCUGAUAUUCAUAGAGAGCAUCUGGAACAGAACCCGAGUAGCAGCAGCAUUCAGGAUACGAUGCAGCCCAAUUUAACAGGUCACGUGCUUAAGGGCGAGGAUAAAAUUAACUUACGGACCCAGUCGCUUUUUGUCAUUGACGACAAGUACCUCUCGGAGUUUGACGAUAUUGACGGGCUUUUGGCAGGCCAUAAAAACCACAGUUACACCUUCUUUCAUUUGGGCUCGCAUCUCUCCGGCCAUCCUGAUAUCGUUCAUGGGGGCUUGCUUGCCACUCUCUUGGACGAGGUGAGUUGUCGUCUUGCGUUCCAAAACAUCAAGUCCAAAAAGGGUGUCACUGCCAACUUGAACAUCAACUACUACAAGCCAUGUAAAACCGGGUACUACAUCAUGCUCAAGUGCUCUGUAUCAAAAAAGUUGGGCCGCAAGUGCUGGGUGCGGGGCGAAGUGUUUCAUUUGAAGUUGGACGACGAGGACUUCGACAUUCACAAGGUGGAGACAAACGAGAACUUGAUUUCCGCCAGCGAAUGCUUGGUGAUUGAGCCCAAG